GUGUUGAACAGCCUGGCAGUUCGCAGUCAAUCAUCACUCUUUGCAUUCCUGUCAACACCGUUCUUCGGAUCUACUCAGCUUUACGCGUCUACACAACCGCACUCUUGCACUGGCGUUGUCAAUUGAUCCUCGCCAUCCUUAUCAAUUCGCGCCGGUCGUGUCUACCACGUCCCUCCCGUUGAGCAUCUUUCCCCAAGUCAGCAGCGGCCGGCUGCAAAGCUCCUGCACAAGAUGAAUCUCUUCAGGUUACUCGCCGAUCUGUCGCAUCUCUUUUCCAUCUUCAUCCUCCUUCACAAGAUGCGAGUCACGAACUCGUGUUCAGGCAUAUCAUUCAAGUCACAAGCGCUCUACUUUCUAGUAUACCUGACGCGAUACCUUGAUCUGUUCUGGACAUUUACCGACAGCGCAUGGAACACCAUCUUCAAGAUCAUCUUCCUCACAUCCUCCGCCUACACGCUCUGGGUCAUGCUGAAUGACUACAAGCCCACGCACGAUCCCAACCUCGACACCUUCCGCGUCUCCUACCUGACGGGCAGUUCAGCCGUGCUGGCCAUCCUCUUUCCAUACAAAUGGACAAUCCCGGAGAUCCUGUGGGCGUUCUCGAUCUGGCUGGAAAGUGUGGCCAUUUUACCGCAGCUCUUCAUGCUGCAGAGAACGGGCGAGGCCGAGACAAUCACGACGCAUUACCUCUUCGCGCUGGGCAUCUACCGAACCUUGUACAUCCCUAACUGGAUCUACCGGUGGUUUUCGGAGGGUCACUUCGAUCCCAUACCCGUUGUUGCUGGGAUCAUCCAAACGGUGUUGUACUCGGACUUUUUCUGGGUAUAUUAUACGAAGGUUCUCAAAGGAAAGAGCUUCAAGCUUCCUGUCUAAGGUAUACGGCAAUCAUGCGAACAUAUCCUUGAAUGUCGAGCCCUAAGAGAACAAGUUUUGUGUACGGAAUGCGGACUUUCUUCUUCGAAUUGAAACAUUAUAGACCGAAGCUGUAUUAGCUCCGAAGUCGUGACGAGAAUCAAUCUCAGAGCAAGCGAUUCACACGCCAUAUGUCAGUGUCCAAUUGUGUAGCAUAGCGAUGCGUGGGAUGGAGAAACGAAAUAAAAGUCAAAAUAAUACUGUUUACUCCCUAUUCAAGAGACCCUAAGCUUCGUCAGAUUUAAGAGCACUUCUCAUCAAGUGGAGAACUAGUAUAGAAAAUAUGGUAAUCAUGUGAAGGUCGCAAAUAAAAUCGUCA